UGCAAUUUCUAACUUUUCAAUAUAAGAGACGUGGCUUAAACUCAGGCCAGUCCCUCCAAAAAUGUCACUCUCUUUUCUUAGACACACUGCAUAUCUCUCUUCAUUUCCAUUGCCAAUUCGAUUCAUUUCCUUUACAGCAAUGCCAAAAGCACGACAAAAUCCUGUACUUCAAAACCCAGGUUCUGAAGUUGUUGGCGUUGUUCCUAAGAAGAGAGUGAGAAAAAGGAGAGUGGAAAUUAUAGCCAAAGAGGUUAAGACAGAAUCUCCGGAUGAAAAAUUUCUCAGGCAUCCAGACAUUGAAGAUUUUGCAAAUAAAAGUGACAAUAUUUAUUCUCGGUCAAUUCAACCUCCUGCCAACUGGGAAAGGGUCAUUGAAGGGAUACGCAAAAUGAGAUCAUCAGAACAUGCGCCUGUGGACUCCAUUGACACGGAUGAAGGGAUGACUUCUCUUCAACCUAAGGAAAGAAGAUUUGCUGAACUGGUUGGGUCAUUGUUAUCAAGCCAGACCAAGGGUCAUGUUACACAUGAAGCGACUCAACGGCUCCUCGAAAAUGGUUUGCUGAGUGCUGGCGCAAUGGAUAAAGCUGAUGAAGACACCAUAAAGAGCUUGAUAUACCCGGUUGGAUUUUACACAAGGAAGGCUAAGCACCUAAAACAAGUUGCAAAGAUAUGUAUCUCUAAAUAUGAUGGAGACAUUCCUAGUUCAGUGGAUGAGUUGCUUCUACUUCCAGGUGUUGGUCCGAAGAUAGCUCACUUGGUUAUGAUUAUGGCAUGGAACAAAGUUGAAGGGAUUUGUGUAGACACCCACGUGCAUCGUGUUAGCAAUCGGCUUGGUUGGGUCUCACGGCCUGGAACAAAGCAGGGAACAAGAUUCCCCGAAGAGACUAGGGUCUCCUUGCAGCAAUGGCUUCCUAAAGAAGAAUGGGUUUCCAUUAAUUUGCUUUUGGUAGGCUUUGGACAGACCAUAUGUACUCCCCUGAGACCUCGCUGUGCAAAAUGCACCGUAAGUGAACUCUGUCCAUCGGCAUUUAAGGAGAUAUCAAGCCCCAAGAAGAAACUUUGACAAGGUUGUUAGCUGCAAAGUGAUCCAAUUUUCAAGUUCUAUUUUCUAAUGAUAAAUGUCAAGUUGAGCUAAAAGGAUAGUUGAUCACACUAUUUUGUAUAGUAUUAUUUGAGCGAGUUAGUCAUUCCUACUUAGUAAUUUCUAAAGAACUAGAGGCAGAAGAUCUUAUGCUUGAGUAUUUCUAAGUUUUAUGAGAAAAUAAUUUAAUGUCUAUCAUAGUCCUUGACAUCUGAUACAA